AUGGCGCCCGCUCUGCAGCAAACCGAUCUCCUCGUUGACCAGGAUGCGCGUCCAAUCGCCAACGAGGAAGACAGAAGCCAAACGGAGUCUCAGGAUGAUGCAGCCCUCUUGAGAACGAUGGGCUACAAGCCAGUUCUCCAUAGAACUUAUACGUUAUUCGAGAAUUUUGCGACCACGUUCGCCGCUCUUUACUUCGUCGGUGGUGUGCGAGUCACCUUCAGUACCGGUAUUGCCGCAGGUGGUAAUUUGGCCUACUGGACGAGUUACCUAGUCACUAUGGUCUUCACCUAUAUCACCGCAGCGGUCGUGGCAGAGGUAUGCUCUGCAUCUCCAUCUGCAGGUUCGAUUUACCUGUGGGCUGCAGAAGCUGGUGGUCCUCGAUUUGGCCGACUCUUUGGCUUCAUUGUCGCCUGGUGGAGUACGACUGCGUGGACGACCUUUUGCGCCAGUAACACCCAAGCGGCUGUGAACUACAUGCUCUCGGAGUUGACGGUAUUCAACGUCGAUUUCCCCACGGAUACAACGAGUGUCAAGUUCCGUGCGGUGCAAUGGAUCUGCACCGAAAUCCUUCUGGCAUUGGCUGCAAUUCUGAAUUUUAUGCCGCCGAAAUACUUCCGAUAUGUCUUCUGGUUUUCAUCUUUCGUCGUGCUACUCGAUUUCUUCCUGAACAUUAUCUGGCUACCCAUCGGAGCACACAAUACCUGGGGUUUCCGAACCGCUGAAGAAGCCUUCAUGUCAACAUACAACGGCACCGGCGCCCCGCCAGGCUGGAACUGGUGUCUUUCCUACCUCGCGACAGCAGGUAUCCUGAUCGGCUUCGACGCAUCCGGCCACGUCGCCGAGGAGACCAAAAAUGCGUCCGUAACCGCCGCUCGAGGCAUCUUUUGGAGUACAGUCGUGAGUGGAAUCGGGGGACUGGCAACCAUUAUCCUAUUCCUCUUCUGCGCACCUGACCCAGACACCCUCUUCUCAUUUGGCUCCCCGCAGCCAUUCGUCCCCCUCUACGCCGUUGUCCUUGGUAAGGGUGGCCACAUCUUCAUGAACGUUAUCUGCGUCGUCGCCCUCUGGCUCAACACCGCAAUCGCAAUCGUAGCCGCCUCCCGUCUCGUCUUCGCCGUAGCCCGCGAUGGCGUCCUCCCCUUUUCAUCCUGGGUCUCCAAAGUACACGCCGGCCAACCCCGCAACGCUGUCAUCGUCGUCUGGGCAGUAGCAUCCAUAGUCACCUGCACGCUCCUCCCCUCGGACGUCGCAUUCACCUCGCUCGUCUCCGCCGCCGGCGUCCCCAGCGCAGCAGCUUACGGCCUCAUCUGCCUCGCCCGUCUCAUCUGUACCCCAAAACGGUUUCCCAAGCCCCAAUGGAGUCUUGGAAGAUGGAGCAAGCCGUUCCAGUUCAUCGGAGUGUUCUGGAAUGGAUGGGUUGUCGCGGUGCUGUUCUCGCCGUACGAGUUUCCUGUUAGCGGGGCAAAUUUGAACUAUGCUCCGAUUAUCAUGUCUGGUGUUACAAUCUUCGCGAUUAUUUCGUACUUUGUUAUGCCUGAGGAGGCGUGGUUGCCUAGGAACCGUAUCUCGCAUUUCAUCGACAGCAAGGGGGCGCAGACGACUGUUGAAGAGUUGGAACGGCCUUCUGGCGAUGAUCAAGGGGUUAGUAGUUCUCGGUUAUGA